GCAGUUAUAGUUUAAAACCUGCUUUUACAAAGGUGAAUAAUAAUGUAUAUUUCUUAGAUAAUUAGCGAAUCAGAGAAAUCAAACUAUUGUUGGGAAACAUUCCGUUUCCGUGGCAACUUUGGAACGACAGCGUCACGCGCCACCGCUUUAUGACGUCAGACUCCGUAUAAAAGACCUCGCAGAAUCUUUGUAGUUGAGUGAUAUUCGAAGCAGAGACUCGAGUCUUUGUAUUACAGUCUGUAUAGAUCGAGAUCUGCUGAGAUUGUACAGAGUGUAUCAGAUAGAGUUCAAACUGAGAUUAUUGGAUACAGACAGUUUGAUAACUGUGCAUUAAGAACAGAUCUGUCAGUAUGAUAACUCCAGACACAGUGUCUAUAGUGGCGAGAGAGGUGCAUCUGGAGGUUUAUCUCAACGGCGUCUUCUACACCGGAGACGGUUCCUUUGCAUUAGAUGGUAAAGAUGUGCAGCUGGAGCUGGAGAUCACCGAUGCCAUCUAUGACCUUCUCGGCUUCAGCGGUAAUCAAGAGAUAGAUGUGAAGCUGCAGGUCAUGACGGAUGAACACAUCUCCGUCAGUUCCUGCAGUCCAGGAGAGAUGCACGUACAGCUGGAGACUGACGAGAAUGACCACAUCUCUGUCUGUGAGGUCAAAGAUCUGCAGCUGGAGAUGAACAGGAACAGCAUCUCGGAGCUGAAGAGCCCUGAGCCGGUGUCUGAAGAUGAGAGCGAUCCAGUCCCAGCAGGAGCUUCAGGAGAACAAGCCCUGGAUGCAGAGGAGAACCGCUCAACAGAACUCAACACUGGGCAGAUGACCAAGAAAAUUAGAGCAGUCUUCCAGGGAUUUUGUGCAGCUUUCCAGGGAAAAAUGCCGAACCCUGUUGGGGAAGCUGAAGUGGAUCUGAUUGGUCCAGAUGGAUCACAUGUCCCAGAUCCAAGUGCUCACGAGCUAGAAUCUGAAACGUAUCUGGUCGAUUCUGAGCUAUCGUGUAUCACUGAAACUGAUCCGGUUGCUCCUCCUGAACCUAAACUGGAUCCGGUUGAUCCAGAGGAAUCAUGCGUCAGCCCGGAAGAAAAUACCAGCACGAUGAAGAAUAAGAAAGUCCAUGGCUUCGUCAUGACCAAGAGAACGGAAUAUACUACAGUGAGGAACAUAAAGAAAAUCAGUACUUUCAUCCAGAACGACAGACAGAAGCAUGUUGGAGUCUCAGCGCGGCCAGAUCUGGACCUGAACGUUCCUGAGCCAGAACCUGGAGAGAAUCCGGAUGAUCCUCCUGAAGAUGAAUGGGAUCUGGCUCCUCCACAGGAAUCAUGUGCACCAGCUGCAAGCGUUCCUGAGCCGCAAUCUAAAGUGACAUCUGAGCUUUCAAUGCUGGAAAACUACGUCCCUCUAAACGUGUUGCAACUGGAGGAUCGUUUGAAGAAAUACACACCUCUCAAACAAAGACACGUGACUAACGUCUGGCCCAGGGUCUUCAUCGGAGAUGAAGAGAUCGCCACCGACCGAGAUGUGCUGCAGGAGAUGUGCAUCACUCACAUCCUCAACGCUGCAGCACCAAAGAAGCAUCUUAAAUACUACUUUGGAAGUUUUAAUGAUGAAGACAUGGUAGGAACGGUCAAUACAGGGUCCAGAUAUUACAGAGGCUUGCACAUCAAUUAUUACGGCUUGCCUACAGCAGACAGACACUGUUCUGACAUCAGCAAGUGCUUCAUGCCAGCUGCCAAAUUCAUUGACAAGGCCCUGGAGAAGCGAGCAAGUAAGGUGCUGAUUUGCUGCAAGCAGGGUGUGGAGCACUCGGUGACUCUGUUUCUGGCGUAUCUGAUGAUCUGUCAUGACAUGAUGGUGGAGGAGGCCAUCGAUCACGUCAUGAAGUCGAGAUGCAUCAGACCCUCCAGAGACGUCCUGAAGAAGCUGAUGCUCCUCAAUGCUGACCUGGUGCUGCAGAGAAAACUAAAACUGCAGGACAUCAAAACCAGCAGAAAGAGGAACAAGUGUAGAGCGCUGAUAUAA